AGAAGGUCUGAACUUAUUUUCCCCCUUUCUCACUCCUUGUGUGAGGAGGAUGGAGCAGGAAAUCUAAACUGGGCAUCUGGAUCCUGCAGAGUCCCAGUGAAGCUCCACAUCUGAACCAAACACCCUUGUUCUUACUGACCCAGCAGAGAACUCACCCCUCUGACCACCAACACCACCACCACCUUACCAUCACACCAUGAAGCUCUGCAUUGUGCUCUGUCUGGCACUGUUCUGGGUGGAGCUGCAAAAUGGUUCCUGCCAACAGCCAAAACGCAGAAAAGAUGUUGGAGAAAACCGUAUCCGGCCUGGAGGGAAACGGGUGAAGAUGCGUCACCCCAAGCUUAAAGACAGUGGAGGAAAAGGCCAGUCUCUGCUCACCCAAGUCUUAGAUAAAGGACGCUUCCUGCGUCUGGGUGAAACCACGACUCUGACGCCUGGGAGGAAUAUCGAACUGCGUUGCAAAGGUACCAACAUCGGCUGGUCGUACCCGACUUACCUGGACACCUUCAACGACUCUCGCCUCAGCAUCAAGCAAAGUGACAAGUACGGUCAACUGCUGCUGACGUCGCCCUCUGCUGCCGACACAGGGUUGUACAGCUGCUGGGUCAUCGUCUGUGACGGCGUCGAGUGUGAGAAGGACCAUGAGAGAGUCUACUCCUCAUACGUCUACUUCACAGACAAAGACAACAUCUUCAUCCCGUCUGCCAUCCACUUUGAGAUCGUGUACCUGCGUCCAGAUCGACCUGCUGUGGUUCCCUGUCGCGUCACUAACCCACAGGCCACUGUGUCGCUGCACAGGGAGGUCCCACCAGAGGAGAUCCCAGCCAACAGCACCCUGAUGACCUAUGACCCCACCAAAGGCUUUGUCCUGCAGAACCCCAGCCCAGAGUAUCAGGGGGUCUUCUACUGCAAAGCGGUGACCAGAGGCAACCCUCAGAUCUCCAUAAAGUACCAGCUGCUUUAUGUGGAGGUUCCUAGCGGGCCACCGUUUGUGGGUGUGGAAGUUUCUCCAGACUCUGUCAGAGGAGGCGAUAAUGUCAACGUAACAUGCACUGUCCUGGGGGAGCCAGAGGUGGACGUGGGAUUCACCUGGACUUACCCGGGUCAGCACCAUCGUCCUAUUCACAUCCAGACGUCAUGGAGGCUGGUUAACAGAGGAAUGGGCCACACCACACGGGUCUCCCAGAGCAUCCUGAUGGUCGAAGACAUGGAGACAAUCGACUUUGGAAACUACAUCUGUAAAGCCAAGAACCAGUAUGGUGAGACCUUCGUGGCAGCCAGCAUCAUCUCCAAAUAGAGAAAUAAGAACAUGUUUAAUGUUGUACGAUCAGUGGAUAUUCAUCGGUCUUAUCAGAAGCAGAAAUCUGAAUGUAUAUAAACA